AUGCAGGCUAAGUUCAUCAUUGCUGCCAUUGGCGCCGCCACUGCCGCUAUUGCUAACCCUGUUCCUGGCGUUAUUGACCAUGCUAUCUGCAACAAGCUGCUCAACAACAUUAUCGACAACCUGAAAACUGCAAUUGCUGACGUUGCUCUGGCAAACUCCGGCUCCCCCCCCGCGAACGCUGCCAUUCUGCUCGAGGGAGUCAAGGACACUGUCGACAACAACUGGGAGCGCCGCAACAAGCUCACUCUGGGUAUUAAGAGUGCCGAGCUCGUCACAGCUACGGCCACCAUUGUCUCGGUCCAGGAAGCGCUUAACGGCACUGAUCCCUCGAGCGUCCUAGCCCAGCAAGACGUCGCCCUGGUUAAGGGGCAGUUCGAUCAGAUCUCUUUCACCUGCCAAAUUGACCAAUGA